AUCGAUCAUGUUAGAAAAUAGAUUAAGACUCUCUUUGGUAGCCUUAUUGGCUGCUGCUGGUGCAUCCCCAUCGCCUAAAUCACCACUUCCGUGGUUUGAGGCAGGCAAGUCUGGUGCCAUCGUUUCAGAAAACAACCACUGCUCUAAUGUGGGAUUACAACUCUUAGGAGAAGGUGGUAGUGCAGCUGAUGCAAUUAUCGGCACAAUCUUGUGUGUGAACACGAUCUCCGCUUAUCACAGUGGUAUCGGUGGUGGUGGUUUUGCGCUUAUUAAAGAAGAAUCUGGUGACUACAAGUUCUUAGAUUUUAGAGAGACUGCGCCUGCAGCUUCUAAUAAGACGAUGUUUAUUGAUAAUCCACACAACAGCACAAUUGGUGGUUUGGCUGUCGGUGUACCAGGUGAAAUCCGUGGUUUGGAAUAUUUGCAUUCUAAUUAUGGUAGAUUGCCCUGGAGCCGUCCAUUCGAGAUCGCUGCUGAAGUUGCAGAAGGCUUCACCAUCGAGCAAGACCUUUCGGCUAAAAUCAAGUCGAGCGAUGCUUCUUAUGGCUUCCUACGUGAAGAUCCUCUCUGGAGUGAGGUCUAUGCGCCUGAAGGCAAGGUUCUCUCCUUGGGAGACACUGUCUCAAACAAGAAGUUAGUAGAUACCUACCGUAAAAUCGGUAAUGAAGGCCCCGAUACCUUCUAUACUGGUGAAAUUGCAGACAAUAUCAUCAAAGCUAUUCAAAAUUCUGGUGGUAUUAUGACACACGAUGACUUAAAGAACUACGAAAUCCUCGAGCGCGACGUACUCAGUGCAGACUUUGAUGCAUACACUGUAUAUAGUACUUCAGCGCCUUCAUCGGGUGCUGUCGUACUAUCUGCUCUCAAUACACUGCAACAUUUCGACGAGGAAAUUUGGCGAAAUGACAACCACACAGCACAAGCUCUGGUAGAAAGUAUGAAGUUUGCCUAUGGUAUCCGUGGUCAAUUGGCCGAUCCAAACUACGUGAAGAAUGUUUCAGAUAUACAAGCAUCAGCAAUUACCAAAGAAGCCGGAGAAGCAUUCUACAAUAGAAUUAGCUUGGACAAGACCCACGAGCCUGACUAUUACACCGUGGAGCCCCAGGAAUUGGUUGAAGCAGGUACAUCGCAUCUUCUGGCAAUUGACGGCACUGGUCUCGUAAUUUCUUUAACUACUACGGUAAACACAAUAUUUGCAAGUCAUGUUAUGACCGAAAAUGGUUUGGUUUUGAACAAUGAGAUGGAUGAUUUUAGCACCAAGGGAGAAUCAAACAGCUUUGGUCUUACAGCUUCAUCGGUAAAUUUCCCGGAACCUGGUAAAAGACCACAAAGUUCAAUUUCUCCGGGCAUAGUGGAAGACAAAGACGGCAAUGUUGUCUUGGUAUUUGGAAGUGCUGGAGGCAGUCAAAUACCUACUGCUAACAUUCAAACUGUUGUCAACUUCAUCAAGAAGGGUCUGCCUGUAGAAGAAGCUAUUGGUGCUCCAAGACUACACAAUCAGUUGUUACCAGCAAAAACAGUAUUGGAAUAUGCUGGUGAAUUUACCAGAGGAUACAGUAAUAGCACUGCACAAUACUUAAUAGAUAUUGGUCAUAACGUUACUUUCACCAGUCCUGGUGGUUCAACAGCCUGUGCUUUGAGCAGAAGCGAAGACGGUUCAUACGUAGCUGGUCCGGAAACUAGACUUUUCAAUUCUGGCGGUAAUUCUAUUUAGAGUCAUUUUUUUCCAUCUAGAUGGAUCGUACACUUUCGUUGUGCACCAGUCAAAAAUUUCCAUGAAAUAAUAAUAUACAUAAAAGCUUACCUUCACAAUCGAUCAGUCUGUCAUACUUAAUAAAUUUCACUCGUCUGAUUUGUCAGUAUUUUAAAAAUAACCCAAUAACAUUGCGAUGGCGC